AUGGCCGAUUCUACGUAUCACCCCAUCGACACCCCCAAGCCUACGCCUGUCCAACCCGACGCGACGUUGCCGACGACAAACGCGACCAAGACCCAUUUUGUAUGGGUGUGUGCCCACUGGUUUGUCGGGUUGUGUCUCCUGUUGGCCACCUGGACCCCGUUUAUGUACUUUAUGCAGUUCUACUCGAGUGAAGUGUCACCCCGCAUCGUCGUUUGGUGGGGGGGCGACCCCAAGGUGCGGGGCAGUGGUCGUAGUGAAAUGGUCCAGCCCACUGUGUUCUUCCUCGGCAUGGUCGUUCCCGUCGUCGUGGGUGCCCUCUUGUUUGCCAUCGUUCGAGCCAAGUCCCCCAUCGUGGUUCCGUCGUUUUCCCACCUACUGCAUCGCAAACCGUUGCUGCUCCGAGGUCUUGUCAGCUACGGGGAACUGUUGUUUCUCCUCGUGGUACUCGGAGGUAACGUCAUUGUGUUUUACAACCGAUGGCACCGGCGUUACAAGCCUGGGAAGAGCACGAAACUCAACAUUUUAUCCAUCAUUGCCAUCAAUUUCGGUUUCAAUGGUCUGUACAACAUGGCGUUUUUGGCGCUGCCUGCCACCCGCCAUUGCUUUUGGAUGGAAUGGCUCAACAUCCCCUACGCACAUGGCGUCAAGUACCAUCGGUGGUUGGGCGUCGUCACGAUCGUAAUGCUCACUGGCCACACGAUAUUCUACUUUAUUGUGUACGGCAUCCGCAACUCGUUGCAUGAGUUCCUUCCGUGCUACAACUGCAACGUGGCCAAGGAAGGGUUUGACCACUGGAUGAACUUUUUCGGCAUCCUGUCGUUCUUGGCCAUGGUGAUCAUGGGCAUCACAUCCCUCCCGUUCAUCCGCCGCAAGUACUACAACGUGUUUUACAUGACACACUUCCUCUUCAUCCCCGCGACUAUCUUUGCCGUGCUGCACUGGGGUCCCAUCCUCUACUGGCUGUUUGCCACCAUCGUGCUCUACCUCGUCAACCGUAUGUUCUCGUCCGCGUCCAUUUCGGCGCCAGUGGCCAUUGAACGUGCCAUCGCGAUGCCCGCCGAGGUGGCCGAGCUGACAUUGCACUGCGCCACUGGAUACAGCCCGGGCGACGUGGUAUGGCUCAAAGUCCCCGCUUUGUCCAAGACCCAGUGGCAUCCUUUCAGCGUUGCGUCGACCCCGUUGCAAGCGCCUGGCCUCCUCACAGUGUACAUCAAAUGCUUGGGUCCUUGGUCCAACCGAUUGUACCACUACAUCCGCCACUGCCAAACUACGGGAAUCCCACCAGUAGUGUUCAUGGACGGCGGGUACACGACCGCGGCGCCAAUUUCGCCGGCGUAUUCGGACGUAGUGUUUGUGGGCGGGGGCGUCGGGGUCACACCGCUCAUGGGCCAGCUCAUGCACAUCUUGUAUACCCACCCCGAACAAACGGUGUGGUUGAUUUGGCACGUUCGACGAUCCGAGAUGCUGACGCAAUUCCAAUCGUGGCUGCAUGACAUGCAAGCAUUGAGCGCCGCCAACGGAUGCUGCGUCCACGUUCGCUUGCAUGUGACUCAAGAGCACGCGUCGGCAUUGAACGUGGCUGAGGAAGACGUUUGCUUGGAUAAUCUCAUGACGUUUGCCCCCGUUGUGGCGGUGGAGCCCCGUCCAUAUGCUCACUUAAGUACCACCAAGCGCAUGUUGAUGCUCUUCCUUGCGUUUGCCUGUAGUGGUGGUCUCUUGGCAGCGGUCAAAUACGGCAACAAAAUCCAAGCCAUCAACCCGGGUUGGUGGCCCCUGCAGCGCUUUGUCGAAUGUUGUGUUGUGAUUGCGGGAAGCUACAUGGCGUACAUCGUCACUUACGUUGCCAAGACGCCUGCCGCCGUUCCCGCUGUGGAGACGGACAAAGUGGCCAAACCGGUCAAGGUGAUGGACACAGUUACGUUUGUGAAGCACUUUGACGUGCAAUUUCAGCGUGCGGUAUGGCGCGACGUGUUUGCCGAGAUCGAAGCGAAUGCGACCACAGGGCGUAACGUUGGGGUGUAUGUGUCUGGUCCCAAAGCGCUCAUCCGUGCUGUGGACGCGGAAAUCCAAGGCAAGUCCAAAUUCCACGUCCACAACGAAGAGUUCGACAUGUAAAGUUCAACACUAAUACAGAUGUUUGCAC